GGGUUUUGUAGCUGUACCAACAAAAAACCCUGAUGGAACUAUGAACUUGAUGAAUUGGGAGUGUGCCAUCCCUGGAAAAAAAGGGACGCCGUGGGAAGGAGGCUUGUUCAAACUUCGGAUGCUGUUUAAGGACGACUAUCCUUCCUCUCCACCAAAGUGUAAAUUUGAGCCCCCUUUAUUCCAUCCAAAUGUAUAUCCGUCUGGUACCGUGUGCUUGUCUAUAUUAGAGGAAGACAAAGACUGGAGGCCUGCCAUUACAAUCAAGCAGAUUUUGCUAGGAAUCCAAGAACUCCUUAAUGAACCAAAUAUUCAGGACCCCGCACAGGCUGAAGCAUACACAAUUUACUGCCAGAACAGAGUGGAGUAUGAAAAAAGGGUCCGAGCACAAGCCAAAAAGUUCUCGCCGUAAAGCUCAAGAUUUCACACUGUAUUGGAAAUGGGUUUUGACCAGGUCUCCUUGCCCCUGUUACUCCCCCCUUACAAAUCCUAUCCACUUCAUACUAAUUUACUGCUGGGCUUAAAGAAAUGAAUGUGUCGUGCCAUUGUCAAUCCACUGAUGCUCGUCAUAACAAACUCUUCCUGGGGGUUUUAAAUUUGGUCUUUUGUAUAUUAUCUUUUUUUUUUCCUUCCCGUUUGGGCAGCAGAGGAGCUCACACGAAGUUGAGGUUUCCGUUUUUUUUUUUUUUUUUGGGGGG